AUGUUGUCCCGAUUGUCGUCUCGUUGCAUCAGUACAAGCCCUCUGGCAUGCAGGACAUUGUCUGACAAGUACGAAGUAGCGUUCCCCAAACAAGGAAAACAGCCUAAGGUCUGCAAAGUGAGCGAAGCGUUUGGAAAAAUCAAAUCAGGUGACAACAUCUUUGUACAUGGGAUCGCAGCCACGCCAACACCUCUGCUCAAGGGUCUAUGUGAGCAUGCGAAAGCUAACAACCUGAAAGGUAUCAAGCUCCAUCACUUGCAUCUUGAAGGCGAGACACCAUGGACAGCUCCGGACAUGAAAGAUCGGAUCCGUUCCAAUUCGCUCUUCACUGGGGUUAACCUCCGGAAAUCAGUGAACGAUGGAACUGCCGAUUUUAACUCGUGUUUUUUACAUGAGGUUCCGAUGCUUUUCCGUAAGGGAGCCAUCAAGCUCAAUGCCGCCAUACUACACGUAUCUCCUCCUGAUGCUAAAGGAUACUGUUCAUUGGGCACGUCUGUGGAUACGGCUAGAGCAGCUGUCGCUAAUGCUGACCACAUUAUUGCAAUGGUAGGCAAGAAUAUGCCAAGGACGUUCGGUGACAGUGUGAUCCACUCAUCGCACAUCGACGUACUUAUCGAAGAGCAUUCUUCAUGGCCUCUUCACGAACGCCACUUUGGAAAGGAUAGCGAAGAGGAGCAGAAGAUUGGCAAAAUCAUCGCUGAACAUCUGGUAGAUAACGGUUCAACCCUCCAAAUGGAUGCCGCCUUGGCUGCUCUGAAAAAUCAUAAAGAUCUCGGUAUUCAUACAGAAAUGUUUUCGGAUGGUGUUUUGGAUCUUAUCGCGUGCAAUGCUAUCACCAACAAGAUGAAGGUUAUAGAUCCUGGAAAGCUGGUCGUGUCAUUCGUCUACGGCUCCAAGAAGCUCUAUGACUACUUGGAUGACAAUCCGCUAAUCAAAUUCGGUGAUUGCCAAUGGGUUAACGAUCCGGCUAUAAUUCGACAGAAUCCCAAGGUUGUCGCAAUCAAUUCAGCUGUCGAGGUUGAUCUCACUGGGCAAGUGGUUGCCGACUCAGUCGGUACGCGGUUCCUGUCUGGUUUCGGUGGUCAGGUGGACUUCAUCCGCGGAGCCAGCAUAGGUAAUGACGGUGAAGGAAAACCAAUCAUCGCUCUACCAUCAAUGUCGAAAAAGGGCCAAAGCAAGAUUGUACCUUUCAUUAGCGAGGGUGCCGGUGUUGUUACGAGCCGAUCUCAUGUACACUACGUUGUUACGGAGAACGGUAUUGCUCAACUAUGGGGAAAGAAUAUGCGACAAAGGGCGUACGAACUCAUAAAGAUUGCUCAUCCAUCUAAACGAGCUGAGCUGGAGAAGGCAGCGUUCGAACGACUGAAGGUUAUGCCAUCAGCGGAUUGA